CACACUAAAACGCUUUUCUUCUCUCAAAUCAUGUCAUUUACAAAACGCCCCGAAUUUAGGAAAAUAGUGCAAGAUCAGAAAACAAAUGGGAUUCCAAAGCAUUAUGGGGAGAAAUAUUGGAAAGGAACACCAAACCCAAUAAUCCUUAGACUCCCAAAUGAUUUUGAACAAGAAAUAUCUUGGGUUGAGAGUAAUGGUAAAAUUUUGUUUCAAAAAAAUUGGAAAGGUUUUGCAAAACAAGUGAGUCAUGGAUGUGUCUUAACUUUUAAAUACAUAGGUGGAUCACAUUUUAAGGUUAAGAUAUUUGGUCCCAAUGGUUUAGAAAUAAACUAUGCAGAUAUAAAAUCUGUAAAUGAAGAAGUUGUUGAAGUUACUGAAAAAGUUACAGAAAUUAUUGAAGUGAGAGAUGAUGAAAGUGAUGAUGAGAUUGAAAUACUAAAGCAAGCUCAAAGGACAAGAAAUGGCAAGAGAAAAUUCCAAGGUAGGAACCGAGGAAAUAUGGUGAAGAAGGCUACAAAGUAUCCAACAAAUGAAGCUGUUAAUGAUGAGAAUCCCUUUUUUGAUGUUAGGAUGACAAAAUCUUAUGUCGAUGGCCAUUUCAUGAAAUUACAAUGA